AGCUCUUCUCGCCAUCCCCAUCCUCUCUUUCUUGUCUUCUACUCACCCCAAGCUACCAGAGAAGCUGCCGAUAGAGAAGAAGACGCUUCUUUCUUUGUUUGUCUCCCUUUCUCUCACCCUCUUCUAGAGGGUGUGAUUCCGUGGGAGAGAGAGAGAUGAUGAUGACGAAGACGACGAUGGUGGAGGAGGAGAGGAAGAAUAAGGGAGAGGGAGAGGAGGGUUUGGGAGAGGGUGGAAGCGCGCUGAGGACGGCGGAGACGGUGAUGAGGUUGGUGCCCGUGGGGCUGUGCCUAGCGGCGCUGAUGAUCAUGCUCAAGAACAACCAAAACAACGACUUCGGCGCCGUCUCCUACGCCGACCUCACCCCCUUCAAGUAUCUGGUGUAUGCCAAUGGCGUCUGUGCCGGCUACUCCCUCUUAUCGGCCUUCUUCUGCACGGCCAUGCCACGACCCAACAGCUUGUCUCGUUCAUGGCUCCUAUUCUUCUUUGAUCAGGUGGUGACGUAUGUGAUCCUCGCCGCCGGGACGGUGUCGGCGGAGGUGACAUUCCUGGCUUACCAUGGGGACAAGGCGGUGACGUGGAGCGAGGAGUGCAGCGUCUUCGACAGCUUCUGCCGGAGAGCGACGGCUUCCAUUGUCAUCACCUUUGGGGCGGUGGCCUGCUACGUUGUGCUCUCUCUGCUCUCCUCUUACCGUCUCUUCAGCACCUACGAAGCCCCGCUUCCCUUCGUCGGCAACAACGGAUUGGAGAUCGCCGCCUUCCCCCGCUGACCCACUUGGCCUGCGUUUGGAACCGUAACAUGGAAACGGAUGAUGCUAGGCUAAGCGUGAACUCGUUCUCAUCUAGUACUAGCAGCAGAACAAGGACGCAGCGAUAUUACUUGAUGACUCCAAAGCUGAACAACGGGGAGAACUCUUACUUCGUAAUUGAAGUCGAUUGUUACUCUUGCAGUAUUUGCCACUCUCUAACUUGUAUUCCUAUAUGUAAACUCAUGAUUCAGCUCAGCUUUAUGAGUUCUUUCGGACACCAUCUUGUUUCAGCUAAGAUAUGAAUAUUUAAGACUACUAUAAGAUGCUUGGAUGCUUGGCUGAUAAUGCCAGGAUAUCUAAACUUUGUCAC